AUGGUUGACGAUAUUGCAACUGGGAAUUUGGAUGCAACAACAUCAAGAAAGAGAAAACCUACAUCAAUGAAAAGUGGUCGAAACAGCAAUAGUGAUAUGAUAAUUGGAAAUGAUGGUAAUAAAUGUGGUACAGAAUCAAUGAUAGCGCAAAAAGGUCGAAAAUUGAAGCAAUAUGUUUUGGAAGAGAAACUUGACAUUAUCGAUUAUGCUAAAAUAAUUGGAAAUCGAGCAGCCGGACGAGAAUUUAAUGUUGCAGAAAGUUCAAUACGUGAAUGGAGGAAGAAUGAGCAAAGGCUUAGGUCAAUGUUUGAAACUACACCAGAAAGAUCACGAUUAGAUGGCGGUGGACGAAGACCAGUUUCCGAAGAUCUUGAAAAGAGUUUGCUUCAUUAUGUGACAGCAAGGAGUGACAAUGGAGUAGCUCUAACAUGGCAUGACAUUAAAGAAAAAGCAAAUGCUUUAUGGAAAGAUAUUUGUGAUCGAAAUCCGGAAUAUAAUGAUCGCGGUUUUACCGCUAAUAUGGGUUGGGUAGCACGUUUUGUACGACGUAAUAAUAUUACUCUUCAAGUGACCAAUUCCACUUCAACAAUUGCGCCAAAAUUGAUAAAUAAAAAUGGUAAUAUUAGCGAUGAUUUGAUAAAUCGAACUGAUAAUACUAAUGCAAUAUGUUGUUGUAGUACUUCAUCUAAUAUAGUCAAAAAUUCCUCUUGCAUAUUAUCAUCAUCUACAACAUCUUUAAUAUCGGAUGUAAUUGUUGCAAAUACUAAUAUGUAUUGUUGCAAUGAUACUGUUAAAAUGAAUGCAACAACAACAACAACAACAACAACAACAACAGCAACAACAAUAAAAACAACACCGUUAAUAGUAUCAACAAUAGCAGCAACAGCUACAAUAGGUACCAUUGCUACUAAUAAUGAUACUAUACUAACAAAAAAACGUCGUAAAAAUUUUACACCAAAAAAAAUUGUCCCAAAUGAUAUCAUUUGUUUAACAGCUAACAAUAGCAUCACUGAUAAUAUUGCUAUAACUAAUACCACAACAACAACAACAACAUCAUCAUCAAUAGUAACACCAACAGGUGAAAUAAUUUAG